UGCCUAAGAGUGAUAGUCACUACCUUUCUUGAUUAAGCGGGACAAUGUUUGUGUCGUUGUAUUUUUAAAGCUCGGUGCUGUUCGGCAACUCAACUCCCGAUUUAUUCCUUUUUCUUUUUUCUUUCGAGGAAGGAAAGUUGUUUUUUUUUUCUCCAUAGUUAUCUUUGUCUUUUUUUAUUGCAAUUUGUUUCAUUCAUAAUUUUCACGACACCCGUCAAUAUAAUCCCCUUCGCGCAACUUGGCGUUGUGGGCGUGUGCGAUGUUUGGCGUAUUAAACACUCAUCCUCGGCCAAUGUGAUCUUUGGAAGCUGCAUCCGCUACAUCGGCUGGCUGUAUGUCGAGGACGGGUCGCUGGAGUCGUGCAUCUGACGUAGUAUGAGCGAUUCCGAUGAUACAGCGUCAGGGAUCAAGUCGACGGCAUCCUCAAGCAGAGCGGACACGAGUGCCGUGUCAACUUCAUCUCCUCACGGCCGUCUAUCGCAUUUCGUCGACGACUCUUGUCUAAAGAACGUUGCUCUCGAGGACGAUGCCAGCACUGCUGAGGAAACGAAGGCCCUUCGUGGCAAUUCACCUGCAACUGUGGACACAACAACACAAGAUGAAACACCGCAGACGAACGUUGUGCUCUUCUUUAACAAGUCGUAUCCCUUCACCAUCGUCGGCGCGCUAAGGAUCGCCAUUCUGCUGCUGUAUGUGCAGUUGCUGUCCCUGCUGAGCCUCAUCUGCAUAGCAAGUGCGGGGACCAAGGAAUAUGACGUCCUGCAGCUGCCACGGUCGGAACGUGUCCGCCUACACCUCUUUGUCUGUGUGCUGGCCUUCCUGCUAACAGCUGCUUUAAUGAUAGUGGACAACUCCUCUGUUGUCCACCUCCUGCCCCUGAAUUGGGCCCUCAUUGACACAGUGCUGUGGGGAGUAUUGGCCCUACUGUUUCUGGUCUCAUCCUCACUGCUGAUGCACAGCAAGGUGCUUUAUAGACAAACUUACUUUACCAUUGUUGACUGGACCUGCAGCCUUUUUGUUGUCUCUGGGAUCUUUGGUCUGGGCUGUGUAUGCUCCUGCCUUGCUCUGGGAGUGCUGCGUUUUCUUCGGCCCAGGGCCCCUCUUCAAUGCCUGUCCCCAGCCGUUGCCAGUCAGGACAUUAUGAUGUCACCCAUAACCACGAGUUGAUGCCACCGCAACACAACAUUCAUUGCGUAGGAUUGCAUUCCUAUUCUGGAUGUGUGUCUGCUUCAUAUUUGCAUUCACCUUUGCUUUACACCUUUCUGUGGCUUCCUUGUAAAUAUGUUUAUUUUAGUUGACUGUAACUUUUGUACUAGAAAAAACCAUGUUAAAAACAAAGCGAUCUCAGUGUCGAUUCUGACACCAUUGUCUUGAAAUGCUAUUUGGAUGCAGUGUCAUUAAAUUGUAUGUAAAUUACAAGAUGACUUGUUGCCCUCGUGCCAUCAAUGAAUGGAGAACUCGGCUAUAGCAUGCAAACAGCUAGAAGCCUGUUUUAAUUUAAUCUUGGUUCAUGUCCUUCACUAUCUUCCCCUGUGGCCAUGACCCAGGGGACACCAUGUAUUACACCGUGCCAAUGUGACUCAUGAACACGACAAAUGUAAACAUCCUCCCUUUGACAAUUGUGUUGUGAAAAAAAAAAAGGUGCAUUUAGGACUCUUAACCACACUUUGUGUCGUCUAAACUCCCUUCCUAGUUUUCAUUGUCCAUGAUUUGUUAAAAAGGGGGAUGCCUUAAUAUGUGUUCAUAUCUUUUCAGUUAUGGCUGUAGUUAUUGUAACUUGCAUGAAACGUAUUGGUUGACCGUGUUGCCCUCGUUGUCAAAACUUUUUAAAAAAGCUGCGUUACUUUUGGGGAAUCAAACUUCUCAUGGCAUUUUCUUUUUGUCUGAAUAGUCUGCUUAAUAAGAAGACAUUGCUUCCAUGGGUAGUGCCUCAUAAGAAUUCUGUACUGAAAAAUCAAGCUUAAUUUAACCAUCCUAUGGAAACAUCAAAGAGAAACACUAUAUUGAGUUUAGACUGAUGAAGUAUUCUUUCAAAACUCUAUUUUUAUUACUUUCAUGGUAAUAGGUUGAUUAUGACAAGAGAAAAUGAAGGUCCAAGUUCAUUUUUUAACACCUUAACUCCAGCUCCGGUAUGCCAGUAUGACAUCAGAAAUUUGAGUAAUUUUUCGUAUCUGGGCCAUUGUGGCUCAGUAAAAAUUCUUGGACCUUUCUAUGUUUAGUCUUUGGUGCUUUUAGAAUACAUUAUAGUGCAUCUUAUGAAAAAUUGACUAGGCUUGAGCAGACGGAGUCAGAAUCCAUGAUGGUGCGGCGAGCUGGGGCAGCAACUUCAAGGCUGCAGUACCACCAUUCUUCUUCUUCUUUUUUUGCUUUUUUUUUCUUCUGCAUAACAAGCCUCCUCUUGUGGUAAGGAUGGGUUUAUUGGCAUGUUAGAAUAAUAGCUCACUACUAAUACAGCUCAAAUAACUUUUUUUUUUUUUAGUGUGCUUUUAAGUUUAUAUUCUGAAUUUCACGCUUUCUAUGGGUGUAUCAGCUGCAUUCUCUGCACCACAGUGCUGCACUGAUUUUGUGGUGUGCCUGUAAGUCGUGGAGAAAAAUAUGAUUUUCUAUACUAAGCCAGUGACUGUUGGCCAGGAGCUUUUGGCAUCAUAUUUUUAUUGUUGGGAUGUAUUUCUCUUGCACCAUUGUUUCUCAUUUCUAUAUUUACCAGAGACGCUGAGGUGUCUACUGUUGCUGUUGCUGAACAGAUUCUCAUUUGCCAUUUGGCACCUUCAUCUCUGAAGGUGCCUUUAAACUCGCUAAAGGGACGAGCGUGACCACAUUUCUUUAUUUUUAUGUCAGCCUUCUUGAAGGAACAUUACAGAAAAAUUUUGAGUUGUGUAGGUUGAUAAAGCUUCUGGAACACCUGAUUGGCGACUUUUACUGAGAGCAGAAGCUUGGUGUGUCACGAAACAACUUAAACUGGUAAGUGCAUGUAACACCAGCACCAUGUUUAUCCACAUUUUCCCCCUCCUACAUCAUGUAUUGGAGCAACAUCUAGCAGAGGCUGGGUAAUUGGGCUUUUUUUUUCCUUUUCUUUCUUCCUUUUCCUUUUUUUAAGAAUUGCAUUGGUGGCUCAGUAUACUUUUUGUGCUAAAAAAAACUGAUGCAUCAGAAUUCUGUAAAAUGCAUAAUGUCACACUGACAUCAGCCAGGUAGCAGCUUGAAAAUUCAAAAGCGGAGAUUUGCCUUUUGUUUUUAUUGCUAAUGGGCUAUCUUCUGCUAGGCACUGCAGAGACUUGGAGAUGUGACUGAUGCCACUGCAUACAUGUAAACAUGAUCUUUGUGACUUUGAUUCCUGUCAGCUCUUUGUAGCGUCAUUGUGUGGAUAAAAAAACGGGCCCAAGCAGAUAUCCUCAAAUGCUUACAUUGAAAUCUCUUCUAGCAGGUGUUCACUAGCUUAGAAGAAGAAGCCUAAGCCACGCAAGUCUGGAAGCUGGAAUGCACACUAAAAGCUGACUCCUUUGAAAUAUUGUGUCUCGAAUAUUAUCAGAAAAUAUAAUCUUUAGAAGUGUUUCUGCUGGGUUAAUUUCUGGUUUAAUUGUUCUUUUUCCAGUGUAUGCCGAAAGUGUUUACAGACAUGAUAGGUUGAAUCCAUGAUGCAAGGGCAUGCCUGUGUUUUUUUAGAAAAUUAACAAAUUUGCAUAUUAUGCUUUGCUGUAAACACUCUUAAAAUCAAGGAUAUGCAUAAAUAAUAUGCAAAUGUAAACUUUAGCUUCCCUUCGUGGCAUAAGCAUGUUCACUUCAUUGGCAGUUUUUUUUUAUUCUCUUUUCACAUGCUGAGCAAUUAAUUUUCUUUGUGUGAAAUAUUGCCUUUUAGUGCAGUAUUGCCUUUUAAUGCAAGGCCUGAAGCAUCAAAGGUGGAGGAAAGAAAGAAGUGUCAGAAUUUUCCUAAAUAAGCUGGACAUACUAAGCCAGUACUGUACAUACACUUGUAAAUGUUAGAAGAGGCAUUUUCACUUGUUUUUUUAUUUUAUAAUUAUUAUUAUAGUUAUUACUGUGCUUGCAAAUGUUAUGGAGUAUGUGCAUAGAUAUAUGUGGAGAAUUGUGAAUGAUUUGCAGGACUUAUGAGUUGACCAUGUUUCAUUGAAGUAUCAUCUAGCACUGUACAAAGUGCAGCUUUCUCUGGAGGAAUAAGAAAAUAGUGGAGCAGACACCAUUUCUCAUGCUGUACUGUGUAAACAUUGCGUUGGUGUUCCUGCUAUAUUAGUAACAAUCUUUCAAAGAAGUCUUGUGAUUUUGAUAAUGGCAUGCUUCCUUGUAAUACUCGCUCAUCAAGCUGUGUUCAUAAUGUUUGCUCAUGUGAGACAGCGUGCUUGUAAAGUUAGCCAGUUUUAUGAAAAAAUGGCGAGCACUUGCCCAAUGUGUUAACACUGUAGUGUGGAAUUCCUUGGAUGUACGAAAUUCUAGGUGCAGGAAGCAACAUAUUACUGGUUAAAGUAUAUUAACCCAAAAAUGUGUUCUCGCUUUUCUUCCAUCCCUUCUUUAUUAGGUAGCUGUUGACCGUGCAAUUGCAUUAUGAAGACUAGGCAGCUUGAAAGCACAAGAAAUUGCACCACCUUGUAAUGUGAAUAGUUUAAAAAUGCACACCAAGUGCAGCUCAACUUUGGAUGGGGAGCAGAAGGAAAUCAGAAGUGGUGGUUGUGUGGUGUCGCAAACCAUUGAAGUGUGUGGAAGUCAGCUGAGAGCAGUGUUUGAAGACUGUACCGUGACUUUUUUCCAAGCGUGUCACACCUACAAAUAAGCUCUUCCGUUAAACUUGGUGUUUCUUGCAUUCAACAUGAGUUGGGCUUCAUCCUCUGCUGUUGCUUCUCUGAGAACACUGAGGGUUCCCCUUACCUUCUCUUCCCUCGUGUUCUGUCAAAUUCAACUUGGCAUUUGUCAGCAUGGUCGUAGUAUGUGCGCAUGCAUCACCAGUGUAUGGUACCAUGUGAUCGCCACCUCCAAUCUCCAUUAUGUUUCCAGCCUACUCCUUCACAUCUAGUGCCACACUGCACAUGUUUCGGUUUUUGAGCUGGUUGCUUUAAAAGACCAUGUAAUUAUUUGUUGCGGAGGAAUUUGAGGCUUCAUAAUUACAUAGUCAUUAGCUACCUAGUAAAACAAAUAAGACACAUGCAGCAUCAUGGGAAUGUCUGCAUGCUCGUGGCAUAACGUGUGCGAUUCCACUUUCCUUCACUGCUAAUCUCUUCUCUAUAUUAAUUCACUAUCAGCUAAUCACAAAAAUUUAUAUUCUAGAAAAAAUGAAACGUAAGACAAUGAAAUGUCAUGUCUACAACAUCACGAAAAUGUAUGGUUCAAAUUCAUAAAAUUUUCUUCUAAAGCAUUGAAACAAUGCACCAAAAGAAAUAGAUGUGCAGAAAGUAUUAUGGUACCACUUUGAAAUCGUACUGUAAAUGUGUGCAGUUUUGACAUCAUGAAAGUCUAACAGAAUUUGAGAAAGAACUUCAGUUCAAUGAUAACAAUGGUUGGUGAUAACAACUAUGGUAACACCAUAGUUGCCAGCCAAUUUUACGAAGUUAUUUCAUGUCUGUAGUGUUCAUUUCUUCUUCUCUACGUUUUUGUUCUUUGUUGUGAUGUUUCUGACGAAAAAAAAAAAUGAUGUUGCCCUAAUCAAUUUUGUUCUAAUUAGAUGCUAGUGUAUGUCGUAGUAGCAGAUUGUAAAAUCCAUUGACUGGGUGAAGUCAAGCUGCAGUGUCUGCUUUCUUUCUUUUAAUGUUUUAAAAAUGUUGUGUUAGUUUUUUAAGGCACAUUUUUAUCGCAAGCAACUUAUGUGAAAGGAACGCAAAAAAAAACCCACGCUUUCUCAUGUUUUACAAGCUCCACUUUUACUUUGACUGACUGUGUUGCCACUGUUUGAUUUUUCAUAGAAUGUUGAAAAGUGGUACUGCAUCAUAAGCAAUGACCAACUACACUGCUAGCUGAUAUGCAUGUGGAGCCCGUGCCACAGAGAAAAGAUGUGUGCUGCAUAUUGCUAUUUGCAUAUUUAUUUUUGUUAGUGACCCUGGAAUAGUAUUUUCUUCCAAACUGGUUAGGUCAACAGGUCUAGCUGACAGGAAUUGCACAUACUAUGAAGCAGAAAUGAAAUGGAAACAUGAACAAUUAAUGCAACUUUUAUUUUUGACUCUAUAGUGUAUCGUCAAUUAAUAACAUGUUGCUGAUUGUGCACUGGUACAACCUUCUACGUGGAAAUAUAAACUGUGCCAGUUGUUUGCAUGAGUGAACAUAGAAGCUUAAAGGAGUGUGUGUUCUGAUUCAUGUAACUAUGCUAACCUGAAUUUAAGUACUGAUGUUUCUUAAUUUCUCAGACUCUCAAACUAUGACAGGGUGCUCAGAACCAAAUCGGUCUUCACAUCCAGUAGCACAUUUUUUUCCCUGUAAUAUGAUCACCAAAAUCACACAAAUGAGGGCUGCUUUGAUUCAUGGGGUCAUAGGGUGCUCGGUUUUAUGUUAAUGAAUAAAUAGUUGGAAAUAGUCAAACGGGGCAGUCAUAUUCCUAAAAGCUGGUUGGAAACAAGUUUUUGUCAUCGCAGAUGCCCCAGAGUGGUUAAACUCUGUUCAGAAGCUUUGAAUUUUCUUUGCUGUUGUAAUUGCAAAUUUCCCUGGUCAUAUUCUUUGUGCAGUGUCAUGUCAUCUUGUAAUAUUUCUCUCUCUCUCUCUCUCUCUUGAGUCCUUGUUCAGUUCUGUGAAUGACAAUGUAAUAGUAGUCAUGCCAAGAGCUGUAGAAAUUGUUAGUAAUGUUCCUGUAUCUUUUUUUUCUUUCUCUUUUGUGAAACCGCUUUUUGAAUUAUUUGUCAUGGUUAAAUCCUAAGACGGAGUAUACAGAUAUGCCUAAACUUGGAUAUCUGGCAUAAAAAUUACGAAGUAUAAUUUUAAACUGACAAGCACCUCCGUACCUUUAGUGAGGCUUUAUUACCUGACAUAUUCUCAUGCUGAAUUGUAGCCUCAUCUAAUACCCGAGUAAGACUCACUUUUCUUUUUUUUUUGUUGUAUUAUAGAUCAAAGUAAGCUAGAAAGAGUGUCAUCUGUCUGCUGAAAACAAAUCUGUGCAAUAUUUAUACUUUGUCUAGUCCAUAAUGUGUGGUUGAAUAGCAUGCAACACCUUGGCAACAUCAGCAGUGCACCUGAUGUUUCAUAUAUUGACUGCUUCAUCUGCUCUUUAACUGCUUUCCUGUGUUAGCAGUCUUCAAAGUAGGUGCAGACGUGCAUUUGUGAGCUUCCUGAUGUGUUAUAUUUGCCUGGAGAGUAAUUGUAUUUCUGCAGGAUCACACCAUAAACCUCCCGAGAAUGGUAAAACUCUCGUGUGUUUUUAAGAAUACUCGUAAAAGAGCUUAAAGAUCUCUGUUCUGCCACCACAUAUUCUUUUCUAGUCAACAUGGCUGUAGUUACUUUGUACCUUUAGUUCUAGUUUGUUUUGGUAAUGAAGUUACCUGAUAUGCUAUUUGCCAGCACAGUAUUAUUUCCAACAUUUCUUUCUUGGUGUAUUUAGGCAUAUGUGGACACAGAUGACACAUACACACACACACACACACAAAUUCUUCCCACAGCACACAUUUUUUUUCCUUAUGUAUAAUGUCGUAGCAGAAAAUCUGUUUUUCAUAGCAAUAUUUCAAUUUUUGUUGUUUGACAUGCUCAUGGUUUUAAUCUAGCUUGGGCAUGAUAGGCCCAUUGCAUGUCACUUCUGAGUUUGUUACUGAAUACCAGGGCAAAAGUGUUGGCCUUAAAAUUUGUGUUAAGUUGUUUUAAAGUUGUUUUAGCAUUGGUUUUGCAUUUUUACAUAUUUUCAUUUUUUAUGCCUCUAAUUUAAACAAACUUUACAUCAACACCCUUGGAAGUUCUAUAAAUUUAAUCUGCAGUUGCCAGCAGAUCAGUGAUAAGUAUAUGCAGCAACAGCUUGCCAAAAUUUUUGCCAAACUUAUAUGAAUAAAAACUUUUUGUAUCGCAUGUUAUUCAGUGUUUCCUGAAUUUCAGCAGCUGUUUUGUGUGUACAAAAAGAGGCAUGGUUUGCCAAAUAAAAUUGUUUGCAAAA